CCGGCUGAAGUCCGCGGCCGGGGCGGGCCGCUGGGCGUGUCCCUGCUCCUGAGUCCCUUCUUCCUCGCAGCGCAGCUGGGGAGUCGGGUCUUCCUCGGUUUUGCCCUGUGCCAUGCAGGUCUCCAAGAAACUGGUGAACUCUGUGCCAGGCUGUGCGGACGAUGCGCUGGCAGGGCUGGUGGCCUGUAACCCAGCCAUACAGCUCCUGCAGGGGCAUCGGGUGGCACUGCGAUCUGACCUGGAGAAUGUCCGAGGCCGAGUGGCACUGCUUUCUGGAGGGGGGUCAGGACAUGAGCCCGCACAUGCAGGGUACAUCGGGAAGGGAAUGCUCACUGGUGUGGUGGCUGGUGCGGUCUUCACCUCCCCUGCAGUGGGCAGCAUAUUGGCAGCAAUCCGGGCAGUGACGCAGGCUGGUUCAGCCGGGACCCUGCUGAUUGUGAAGAACUACACCGGAGACCGGCUGAAUUUUGGGCUGGCCCUGGAGCAGGCACGGGCGGAGGGAGCUGAUGUGCAGAUGGUGGUGAUUGGUGAUGACAGUGCUUUCACCACACUGAAGAAGGCUGGGAGGAGAGGCCUGUGUGGCACUGUGCUCAUCCACAAGGUGGCUGGGGCAUUGGCAGAGGCAGGUGCCAGCUUGGAUGAGAUCGUCAGCAGGGUGACAGCUGCUGCGAGAGCCAUGGGCACUUUGGGCGUGAGCCUGUCCCCCUGCAGUGUUCCUGGUUCCCAGCCUACCUUUCAACUGGCACCUGAUGAGCUGGAGCUGGGCCUGGGGAUUCAUGGUGAGGCGGGUGUGCGCAGGAUGAAGGUGGCAUCGGCUGAUGAGAUUGUGGAGAUAAUGCUUAAUCACAUGACAAACCCUUCCAACGCUUCCCAUGUGCCUUUGGACUCUGGUGUCUCUGUGGUCCUUGUGGUAAAUAACCUGGGUGGCCUGUCCUGUCUGGAGCUAGGUGUGGUGGCCGGCUCAGCUGUGCACUGUCUGGAAAGCAGAGGUGUUCGCAUUGCCCGAGCCCUGGUUGGCUCCUUCAUGACUGCACUGGAGAUGGCUGGCGUCUCCCUCACCCUACUGCUGGUGGAUGACAAGCUCUUGAGACUGAUUGAUGCGGAGACCACUGCUGUAGCCUGGCCCAACCUAGCCAAAGCAUCUGUGACAGGUCGGAGCCGAGAGCUGGCAGCACCCAAGGGAGGAUCUGAGUCAGAGGAGCCUGCCUCAGGCACCGCACCAUCCUGCCAGCAUACACACCUGGUCCUGGAGCGGGUGUGUGACGUCCUUCUGGGCAUGCAGGAGAAACUCAAUGAGCUGGACCGCGCAGCAGGGGAUGGGGACUGCGGGAACACACAUGCCAGAGCUGCCAUAGCUAUACAGGAAUGGUUGAAUGCAAGGCCUCCACCUGCCCAACCAUCCCAGCUCCUCUCUGUCCUGGCCAGGCUGCUGCUGGAGAAGAUGGGGGGCUCCUCAGGGGUGCUGUAUGGGCUGUUCCUUACAGCAGCUGCACGGCCACUGCAGAAUUGCAGCAACCUUCCAGCCUGGGCUGAUGCCAUGGACACAGGCAUUGAAGCCAUGCAGCAGUAUGGAGGAGCUGCGCCUGGGGACAGGACCAUGCUGGAUUCACUAUGUGCUGCUGCAGGGGAGCUGCAUGCUUUGCGAGCCCCUGGUGCCGACCUGUUCCAGGUGCUGGCCAAGGCUGUCCAGAGUGCAGAGGCUGCAGCAGAAGCCACUAAGAAUAUGGAGGCAGGUGCCGGCAGGGCCAGUUACAUCAGCUCAGCCAAGCUACUGCAGCCGGACCCUGGGGCUGUAGCAGUUUCAGCUGUGCUCCGUGCUGUGUUGGAGGGGCUGCAGAGCCAGAGUGUGUAACUUUGCCCCACCUGACUCCUUUCCCUUAAUCCCAGGACCCCUGGGUACCCAUCCCCUUGCCACAUGGUGGAAGAACCCUGGCUGCAAUAAAGAUCCCUGCCUCCAGA